AUGUCGGCACCGCGCUGCCCGCGCUGCGCCCAGCCCUGCGUGUCGCCGCGGCUGCUGCCCUGCCUGCACUCGCUGUGCGAGCCCUGCCUGCGGCGGCUCGGACCGCCGGGCGCCGCCCGCCCCGUCCUGUGCCCGGUGUGCGACGCCGAGGUGUCGCUGCCGGCCGGCGGCGCGGGGCAGCUCCCACCCGACUGCCUGGCCGGGAGCCGCGCCGGGGCCGCGGCCGGGUGCGACCUCUGCGCCGACGGGGCGGCGGCCGGGCGGUGCCUGACCUGCGGCGUCCGCCUCUGCCGCUUCUGCUGCCGGGCGCACAGGAGACAGAAGAAAACGGCCUCCCAUGCUGUGACAGAGCUGGAGAGCACCAAGGAUUGCAGCCAGGCUGGGAAGCCUCUCCUGUGCCCCUCCCAUCCCACAGAGGAGCUUCAGCUGUUCUGUGAGCAGUGUGACCAGCCCGUGUGCCGGGAGUGCGUUCUGGGCAGACACCGUCAGCAUCCCUUUGACCUCACCAGCACUGUCAUCCACAAGCACGGAGAUGCCCUGCGGGAGCUGCUGAAGAGCAGCCAGCAGCACAUGGACACCCUGGAGGAUGUGCUGAGCCAGGUUGAUGAGAUGGGCGGUGCCGUCCGCAGUCGCGCAGAGGCUGUGGCCACAGAGAUCUGCCUGUUUGCCAGGGGCUACGUGAAAGCAAUUGAAAAGCACCGAGACCAGCUGCUGAAGCAGCUGGAGGACUUGAAGGUGCAGAAGGAAAACCUGCUGCACUUGCAGAAGGCCCAGCUGCAGCAGCUGCUGCUGGACAUGAGGACAGGCGUGGAGUUCACAGAGCACUUGCUGAUGAGCGGCUCAGAUGUGGAGAUCCUGGUCACCAAAGGGCUGGUGUCCAGCCGUCUGACAAAGCUCAACAGCACUGCUUACAGCACCCACCCCAGUGUGGAUGACAGGAUCCAGUUCUUUCCUCACGAGAGGGCGGGGCAGUGUUGCGGCUAUGAAGUUUUUGGGGCCAUUCUCAAUAAAGUGGUUGAUCCAGCCAGAUGUACCCUGCAUGGGGAAGAUCUCCACAGUGCCCGUCAGAACCAGCUGAGUGACUUUACCCUACUGUGCAAGGACACUACAGGGGAGUGCAUGGGGCAGGGAGGAGAGGCUGUGCGGGUCACCAUCACCCACAAGGCCAAGAGGGACUGUGCAGUCAAGCCAACAGUGUGUGAUAAUGGUGAUGGGACCUACUGUAUUUCCUACUGCCCUGAGGAGCCAGGCUUGUAUGCUGUCUGCGUCUGUGUGAAAGGGCAACAUGUACAGGGCUCUCCCUUUACUCUGAUGGUGAAGCACAAGUUCCGUGAGCACCAGGGGGUGUUCCACUGCUGCACAUUCUGCUCCAGUGGAGGCCAGAAAGCCGCUCGCUGUGCCUGUGGUGGGACCAUGCCAGGUGGGUACCAAGGCUGUGGCCACGGGCACAAAGGUCACCCUGGCUGCCAUCACUGGUCGUGCUGUGGACAAGUGAAGGAGAGCUCAGAGUGUUUGUGUGGGCCACCCAGUGACACUUCACAGAGGAGUCUGCUCAGGACAGUGGCACUCUGA